GUAUUUUUGAUUCCACCAUUCUUAACUUCCACAUUAUCUCACCACUCUCCUCAACCCUACUCAUUUGACCACUAUGGCAUCUCAAAGCACGCGCCCGCUCACGUCAUUUACAGCACUCUCGUUCGAUGUUUACGCAACAUUAGUCGACUGGGAAAGUGGCAUUUACACCGCCUUAGGACCACUCAAUUCCCGCCUGUCGGCGACUCAUCCCCUCAAAAACAAUAAAAUGGGGCUUCUUGGGGUAUUCACCCGACAUGAGGAGAUAUUGCAGAGGAAAUAUCCGGACAUGGAUUAUGCUCCCCUGCUUGGGAUGGUGUACAACGAGAUGGCCCAGGAGCUGGCGGUCCCGUUGGAGCCAGAUACUGCUGAGCAAGAGAAAGCAGAAUUUGGCGGUUCUGUUGGACUCUGGCCAGCUUUCCCUGACAGUGUGGAUGCGCUGAAGAAGUUGCAAAAACGGUACAAGCUGAUCGUUUUGUCCAACGUUGAUGGAGAGUCUUUUUCCCGUACCCUGGCUGGCCCUUUGAAGGGCGUACAUUUUGACGCUGUCUACACGGCCCAGCAGAUCGGGUCAUACAAGCCCGACCUACGGAAUUUCGAGUACAUGGUUGAACAUGCCGAGAAAGACUUGGGCGUCAAAAGAGACGGCUUCUUGCACACAGCGCAGGCUCUGAAGCAUGAUCAUGUCCCGGCAUACAAGUCGGGACUCAAAAGUUGUUGGAUUGAAAGAGCGGGAAAAGACGCAGCGAUUGGUGGCAGGCCGGAGGAUUUUGGUGAUGAUUUGGACUUGUCGUUUACAUUCAAGACACUUGGAGAGAUGGCGGAGGCGGUAGAGGAGGCAUUUGCUGAUAUGUAGAGUCUCAGUUGCGACCAAGCACCGAUUCCCUCGACCGAUUGUUACCAAAUUAUGCUUAGAAGUUCGGAUUUUACAUGAUACCCUUGAGCUACGACAGUGUGCUCGAUUCAUAAG